CUUCCUGAUCACGUGACCAGACGCUAGCUAGAGCGGCGGAAAGGUGGGCAAACAUCUACAAUCAUGGUCCCCUUCUUGACGUCUCAUCCUCCGGGUAGAGUUUGGUGAAACCUCGCAGCUUUUUCAAAGAAGCUCUUACGUUGACGCCACAGCUGACUUCUCUUCUCUUCGUUUUCUGGAAAGUUGCUCUCUCUGAAAGUCCACUUUUCCAGUUGCCGUGCCAGAAUUGGACGCGUGGAGAAAGCCACAGUUUCAAAACUGAACUCGAUUCAAUGCAGAGGGAGCCUGAACGGGAGGAGCAGAUCAACACAGAUAUGCCCCCGAAGUUUAAACGACACCUCAAUGACGACGAGGUCACGGGAUCCAUUCGCAGCGAGAGGAGGAACCUGCUUGAGGAAGAGUCUGAUGAGGAGGAAGACUUUUUCCUGCGGGGGCCAACAGGACCCAAAUUUGGACCCCAGAAUGACAAACUCAAACAUGUGCAGUCGCAGGUGGACGAGGUGAUCGAUGUGAUGCAGGAGAACAUCUCCAAAGUGAUAGAGAGGGGCGAGCGUCUCGACGACCUGCAGGACAAGUCAGAAAGCCUAUCAGACAACGCAUCAGCUUUCAGCAGCCGAGCCAAACAGCUGCACAGGAGGAUGUGGUGGCGGGACAUGAAGAUGAAGAUGAUCAUCGCUCUGGUUGUGUUGGGUCUCCUGCUCAUUAUCAUCAUUCCAGUGAUUAUGCGAUAUCGCUAGUGUCUUGAGGAGGAGGAUGACGGAUGAUACUUCUCCCUCUUCACCUUUGGGAUCUCGGCGCACGGUUCUUCUCUCCAGCUCAGGCUGUGCCAACCAACCAAGCAGUCUUCACCCCUCAUCAUUAUAUGAAUUAUUAAACAUCAUAGCAGCCUAAAUCAAUGGACCAUCCAACAACAAAGAGGAAGGUCAUUCACUGUCUGCCAUCCCUACAUUGCAGUCUUAAGUAUUUUAGCUACGACUGCCUAACAGAAGAGCACGGACACUACUGACUAUAGAACAAAAAUACAGUUUGAACUUGAAUCAUUGUCUGCGACAGCCAUCUUGUACUAUUUAUUAGGCCUGGAGAUGUACCUCAGACGUCUGCCCGUGAGUCUGCACGUGAAUGCUCUCUCUCAAGUGGGAUGCAUGGUGAGCACGUGCACGUUCCUUUGCACAAAAGCGAUUGAGCGUCUGAGGUGCAUCUUCUCUCUGCCCAGACCCGCCCAUCCCAAAUGUCCGCCAUCGUCCUCCUUAGACGGUAAGCAGGGCUGCGUCAAAACCAAAACCUCCAGGUUAAGAAUGUCUCCUUGUCCCACUUGCUGCAGAUGGUUGAGUUUAGUCCAGUAGUGAUUCUAGAGGUCUUUGUUUAGUCUCUUAUCAUUUCUGCUGGUAAAAUGUGAUGUAUGUAAGGUGCGGGACUCUUCACCUCCUUCUGAUCUUUGCAUUCCACGGGUCAUGUUGCGAGGAAUUUUCAAUUUCAAGCUGUGAAUUGGAACUCCACCUUGCCAUGUUAUUGCUCUUAAUUUAUUUGAAGCUGUAAAUAUUGAUUCUGUAACACGACACAAUGCUUUGGCAUUCCAACCCUUAGUUUUUUUUCUGCCCCCUUUUCCUGAAAUAAAGUGCUUUUAAAGGUC